GGAGGGGGCUGGAAGAGAGUAAAGGGCUGUUGUUAAACAGUUUCUUACCGUAAGAGGGAGUUCAGACCUAGAUCUUUCCAGUUAAUCACACAACAAACUUAGCUCAUCGCAAUAAAAAGCAGCUCAGAGCCGACUGGCUCUUUUAGGCACUGACUCCGAACAGGAUUCUUUCACCCAGGCAUCUCCUCCAGAGGGAUCCGCCAGCCCGUCCAGCAGCACCAUGUGGGUGACCAAACUCCUGCCAGCCCUGCUGCUGCAGCAUGUCCUCCUGCAUCUCCUCCUGCUCCCCAUCGCCAUCCCCUAUGCAGAGGGACAAAGGAAAAGAAGAAAUACAAUUCAUGAAUUCAAAAAAUCAGCAAAGACUACCCUAAUCAAAAUAGAUCCAGCACUGAAGAUAAAAACCAAAAAAGUGAAUACUGCAGAUCAAUGUGCUAAUAGAUGUACUAGGAAUAAAGGACUUCCAUUCACUUGCAAGGCUUUUGUUUUUGAUAAAGCAAGAAAACAAUGCCUCUGGUUCCCCUUCAAUAGCAUGUCAAGUGGAGUGAAAAAAGAGUUUGGCCAUGAAUUUGACCUCUAUGAAAACAAAGACUACAUUAGAAACUGCAUCAUUGGUAAAGGACGCAGCUACAAGGGAACAGUAUCUAUCACUAAGAGUGGCAUCAAAUGUCAGCCCUGGAGUUCCAUGAUACCACACGAACACAGCUUUUUGCCUUCGAGCUAUCGGGGUAAAGACCUACAGGAAAACUACUGUCGAAAUCCUCGAGGGGAAGAAGGGGGACCCUGGUGUUUCACAAGCAAUCCAGAGGUACGCUACGAAGUCUGUGACAUUCCUCAGUGUUCAGAAGUUGAAUGCAUGACCUGCAAUGGGGAGAGUUAUCGAGGUCUCAUGGAUCAUACAGAAUCAGGCAAGAUUUGUCAGCGCUGGGAUCAUCAGACACCACACCGGCACAAAUUCUUGCCUGAAAGAUAUCCCGACAAGGGCUUUGAUGAUAAUUAUUGCCGCAAUCCCGAUGGCCAGCCGAGGCCAUGGUGCUAUACUCUUGACCCUCACACCCGCUGGGAGUACUGUGCAAUUAAAACAUGCGCUGACAAUACUAUGAAUGACACUGAUGUUCCUUUGGAAACAACUGAAUGCAUCCAAGGUCAAGGAGAAGGCUACAGGGGCACUGUCAAUACCAUUUGGAAUGGAAUUCCAUGUCAGCGUUGGGAUUCUCAGUAUCCUCACGAGCAUGACAUGACUCCUGAAAAUUUCAAGUGCAAGGACCUACGAGAAAAUUACUGCCGAAAUCCAGAUGGGUCUGAAUCACCCUGGUGUUUUACCACUGAUCCAAACAUCCGAGUUGGCUACUGUUCCCAAAUUCCAAACUGUGAUAUGUCACAUGGACAAGAUUGUUAUCGUGGGAAUGGCAAAAACUAUAUGGGCAACUUAUCCCAAACAAGAUCUGGACUAACAUGUUCAAUGUGGGACAAGAACAUGGAAGACUUACAUCGUCAUAUCUUCUGGGAACCAGAUGCAAGUAAGCUGAAUGAGAAUUACUGCCGAAAUCCAGAUGAUGAUGCUCAUGGACCCUGGUGCUACACGGGAAAUCCACUCAUUCCUUGGGAUUAUUGCCCUAUUUCUCGUUGUGAAGGUGAUACCACACCUACAAUAGUCAAUUUAGACCAUCCCGUAAUAUCUUGUGCCAAAACGAAACAAUUGCGAGUUGUAAAUGGGAUUCCAACACGAACAAACGUAGGAUGGAUGGUUAGUUUGAGAUACAGAAAUAAACAUAUCUGCGGAGGAUCAUUGAUAAAGGAAAGUUGGGUUCUUACUGCACGACAGUGUUUCCCUUCUCGAGACUUGAAAGAUUAUGAAGCUUGGCUUGGAAUUCAUGAUGUCCAUGGAAGAGGAGAUGAGAAAUGCAAACAGGUUCUCAAUGUUUCCCAGCUGGUAUAUGGCCCUGAAGGAUCAGAUCUGGUUUUAAUGAAGCUUGCCAGGCCUGCUGUCCUGGAUGAUUUUGUUAGUACGAUUGAUUUACCUAAUUAUGGAUGCACAAUUCCUGAAAAGACCAGUUGCAGUGUUUAUGGCUGGGGCUACACUGGAUUGAUCAACUAUGAUGGCCUAUUACGAGUGGCACAUCUCUAUAUAAUGGGAAAUGAGAAAUGCAGCCAGCAUCAUCGAGGGAAGGUGACUCUGAAUGAGUCUGAAAUAUGUGCUGGGGCUGAAAAGAUUGGAUCAGGACCAUGUGAGGGGGAUUAUGGUGGCCCACUUGUUUGUGAGCAACAUAAAAUGAGAAUGGUUCUUGGUGUCAUUGUUCCUGGUCGUGGAUGUGCCAUUCCAAAUCGUCCUGGUAUUUUUGUCCGAGUAGCAUAUUAUGCAAAAUGGAUACACAAAAUUAUUUUAACAUAUAAGUUACCACAGUCAUAGCUGAAGUAAGUGUGUCUGAAGCACCCACCAAUACAACUGUCUUUUACAUGAAGAUUUCAGAGAAUGUGGAAUUUAAAAUGUCACUUACAACAAUCCUAAGACAACUACUGGAGAGUCAUGUUUGUUGAAAUUCUCAUUAAUGUUUAUGGGUGUUUUCUGUUGUUUUGUUUGUCAGUGUUAUUUUGUCAAUGUUGAAGUGAAUUAAGGUACAUGCAAGUGUAAUAACAUAUCUCCUGAAGAUACUUGAAUGGAUUAAAAAAACACACAGGUAUAUUUGCUGGAUGAUAAAGAUUUCAUGGGAAAAAAAGUCAAUUAAUCUGUCUAAGCUGCUUUCUGAUGUUGGUUUCUUAAUAAUGAGUAAACCACAAAUUAAAUGUUAUUUUAACCUCACCAAAACAAUUUAUACCUUGUGUCCCUAAAUUGUAGCCCUAUAUUAAAUUAUAUUACAUUUCAUAUGCUAUAUGUUAUAGUUCAUUCAUUUCUCUUCACCAUGUAUCCUGCAAUACUGGUACACGAACACACUUUUUACAAAACCACAUACCCAUGUACACAUGCCUAGGUACACAUGUGCAUGCACUACAGUUUAAAUUAUGGUGUACCUAAUGUAACCCCUAAAUAUUUUAGAAGUAUGUACCUAUAGUUUUACCUCAAAAAAAACAGAAAUCUCUAAAGACCAGUAGAAAUGUUAAAAAAUGAUGCAAGAUCAAAAUGACUAGCUAAUUCUCCAUACAUAAUCUGCAGAUGAUCUUCUUUGGUUGGCAUUUCAGGUGUGGCCAUCACCCAGCAUUAAAUAACACCUAAUCUAGGUGUUUACAUGUAUUCAUUAUCCUAGUUAUUUGUUAUUUCAUGUAGUUUCUAAUUCUUAAAGGAAAGAGGGUAAUAGUUCUAUUUGUGUAAUUUGUUUCCUCCAAACUGAAGGCCACUUAUUUACACAAGAUAUUUGUAGAUCUAUUUUCCUAAAGCAUUUCUUAAGUGCUCAGAUCAGUAUCUAACUGAAGAAGUUUAAAAGUGUUUUGGUCAUUAAAAAUGUAUUUAAAUAGGUUAAAUCUAAGACUUGCUGCUGUGAUUGGCUUCUAGCUCACUGCCUUUAAAUUUUAAAAAAUUUAAGAGGAAAAUUUCCAAGUCUCCAAAGUUUUAUAAAUACCCUUCAUCAAGUCAUGCAUUAAAGUAUAUAUUGGAGAAAAAAAUAAAAAUACUUUUCUCAACCUGGAAGAUUUUAGCCUAAUAAAGCUUUUUUGAAGUAAAAGACAACUUGUAAAAGGAAAGAAACUAGUUUGUCUCAACUCUGUAUUCGUUUAUUUUUUUUGAAGUAGAGUGGAAUCUGUUGAAUCAGAUAUUUUAUCAAGAUAUGUUUAUUUUCUCUUAUUUCAUUUUACAAAGUUCACUCCUAAUGCCAUAUGUAACAGACAUUUAAAUUUUUUGUUCUGUAUAACAGCCAAAUUAUCAUAUUUAUCAUUGUAUUUGUCAUGCUUAGCUAAAGAUCAUGUAUUUGUUGAGAAAUAGAAUAACAAAAAGUAAUAGGAUAGGCUUUGAAUUUUUGCAGAAAUCUUCCUGUACAAAACAUCUUUAAAAAUAAUUUUUUGAAUGGUGUGAAUCCAGUAGUCCCAUUUCUCUGACUUAGUUUUCUUGAGUGAUUUUUAUCAAGGCCAAGUCCCCAAACGAUUCCCUACCAGCUCUUUAGAGUACUGUUCAAUCUGGACUAAAAUGGUUUUAAGUUUAUGGAGAGCUUAGUCCACAGAAUAUAGGGCGGCAAGUCCAGAAAUGCUUAUACAAUUUUUUUUUCAUAAUAAGAUAUGUGCUGGCAUCAAGAAACUUAAAGUGGAAGCAAAAAGACAUCCAACUAGUUGCUGGUCUCUAUCAUCUUAUCUGAUUGUAUUUCUCUUUUCCUUAUAUAAUACACCAUUUUAGUAAGAACUCCUAGAAAUUUCAAGAGCAUAUUGCCAAAAUAUAAAGUAUAUUUCAUAGUUUCUUCUGGCUGAACCAGUGAAAUUUUAUUGUUGCAUAUUAAUGAUAUUUGUAAAACUUUUAUAAAAAUUGUCAUAAUUUUAAAUACUCACAUUUUAAAAAUACUUCUUUAAUGACUCUUCCUCUAAAUUUCCUGGAAAUACAGAUAAAGAUUAGCUAGAUACAAGAUACAGCUAAGUAUUUAGACAUUUUGAGCCUAGUAUUUUUCAUUUUAUUAAAGGCUAAAAACAAUACCACCAAUAAAUCAUCAAACAAACCGUACAAAGUAAUUCUAUCUUUGGGAGGCUCCUUUCAUGAUAGAGGGACAUGGGUGGAAUUGACAAUGAAAGUUAGAUGAACAAGGUCCAUGUUAUUUUAGGUGGUAGAACAGGGUAGAAUCAUGUCAUUACUUGCUGGUGGAAGACACUAUUUACCAGGUGUUCUUUGCUGAAUAAAUUAUCAAACAUUUUUAAAAAUCCAACAAUCCACUUUAUUUUGUGUCAUUGACAAAAGGAUCUUUUAAAUCAGAAGGUUUCAAUGCGAUUUUUGGUUUGGCCGUUUGAAUAAUGGUUAUGUACUGUUAUAAUUGUAGACAUUUUCUCAUGUCUACCAGGAAUUGAAGUGUAAAACUAAAAUAUUUUUCAUAAUGCCUCUGCCGUGCAGAAGGAAUGAUAAUCCUUUUGUAUACUUCUUUAAUUUUAUUGUAAAAUGUGUAAUGACUUUUACCUAUAUGCUGUGGGCAGGUCCUCAGUAAAAUCUAUUGAGUCAAUUUCUAGUAUUAACAGGCUUUUGCUUGCUAUCUAAGUGUUUCAAAUUAUGGGAAGUGUGAGACACUGGAAGGCAAGAAAAUUAACAAUAAUGGCAUGUGAUAGCAAAAUUGUAUUUCACUUAUUCCUGUGAAUAUUUCUUGUUGGUACCAAUGGUACUGUACAAAGUGAAUGUUAUAGCCACAACAUUCUCUUGAAAAGAACACUGUCAAGAAGUGGGAAAUUGCUGUCAGGCAUUUCAUUGUUGUUUUUAAACUUUUUUAAAAGAAAUACUGGUUUUGCAAUAUAGAGAUCAUGAGGUAAAGAAUUUUAAUAAGCUCUUAUACUAAAAAGCCUUAAAUCAAUUUAUUGAGAUUCAAAAAAAUACUAUUAUAAUUAAUUACAUCCCAUACAUAUAGGCAAACUCAUUUAAAAAAUAAAACUAUUUUUGGUAAAAGUACAUGGCCUUUGUUUUUAAAAUACAUAAUUUUAAAAUAAAUCACUUGUCAUGAUAAAGUCCAAAAAGAAGUUACCAUUCAACAUUCAACUAAGGUUGGAGCUAAGAAUUUACUAAUACAAAAAAAGUUAAAAUUUUUUGGACCAUAUAUAUCUUGACAGUGUAACUUUUAAGUAGGUUCAUUUCCAUUUGCACAGAAAGUUUCUGUCUUUAGGAAACUGAAAAUGAAAUACUGUGGAUGCUAUGACUGUUUGUCUUGUAUGUAAAUAGGAAAUUAAUAAGCUGCCUAUUGAGUGGUAUAGCUGUAUGCUUACCCAAAAAAGGGAACACUGUGGUUAUGACUUGUAUUAUAAACUUUCUGUAGUUAAUAAAGUUGUUAUUUUUAUAACCAUGAUUAUAUUAUUAUUAUUAAUAAAAUAUUUUAUCAAAAUGCU